ACGGAAUGGGGGCGUGGCCGAUAGACUAGGCGCACCUUUUCUAAACGGAACAAUACAAUAUAUUUUAUCGGGAGCAGUAAAGUUCGCUGUUUUUUAACCAAUUCUAUUCCGUUAAAGUAGGAGAAAACAUGGAUCAGACGAUAGUUAUACUUGCAUUGUGUUUUCUGCAGACCACCGCAUUUAUUCCUCAUAAUGGCUCCAUCGGGCCCAGGCCGAGGACGUUUGGUGGGCACUAUGUAACGGUCACUGACAGGGAAUUCUUGGAUUUGCCGGAGAGCAGCAACGAGCUUGAUGAUGAAUACUCCGGCUCAGGUAGCGGGCCGGUAACAGUGAAGGGGCCCGUCACCUACUACGAAACAAAGAAACUAUUCCGGCUUUCACCCAAGGCCAAAGAAUUCCUCCAAGGAAAGCUAUCGACCGUUGUGGUCCCCACUGUGUACACGUUUGUGGUCAUCAUCAGCGUACCCCUCAACCUCGCCGCCGUGAUCAUGUUUCUGCGCCGGAAGCGUCCGAGGAAAACCGGGGUGAUCUACAUGCUGAACCUGGCCUUCGCCGACCUCCUGUUCGUGCUGGUGCUCCCCCUGAAGAUCGCCUACCAUUAUCAGGGCAACAACUGGGUGUUCGGGGGCCUCCUGUGCCGGGUCGUGACCGCCGCCUUCUACUGCAACAUGUACUGCUCUGUCCUCCUCAUGACCUGCAUCAGCGUCGACCGCUUCCUAGCCGUCGUCUACCCCCUGGACGCCCUGACGUGGCGCCGCCCGCAGACGGCCUACACCACGUGCGCCGCCAUGUGGCUGCUGGCCCUGGGAGGCGUGGCCCCCCUGCUCAUCUCGGAGCAGAGCAUCCCCCUGCCGGAGCUGGGCAUCACCACCUGCCACGAUGUGCAGGACACGGAGCAGCUGCGCACCUACUACCUGUACUUCUUCCCCGCCUACACCUGCCUCUUCUUCUUCCUGCCGCUUGUCUUGACCGCCGUGUGCUACGUUCGCAUCGUGCAGGCGCUCGCCGCCGCCAACGUGGCCAACGGCUCCAGGAAGAGUCGCGCGGUGAUGAUGGCCGUGGCGGUGCUGGUGGUGUUCGUGGCGUGCUUCGCGCCCUCCAACGUGCUCAUGAUGGUCCACUACCUGCAGCUGGCGCGCCACGCCGCCGCCGCCGACGCGUCCUACCUGGCGUACCUCGUCUCCACGUGCGUGGGUACCCUGAGCUGCUGCCUGGACCCCCUCAUCUACUACUUCGGCUCGUCCCAGUGCCAGAGGCAGGUGAUGGCGUUGUUGACGUGUAGAGACCUGGCCGGAGUGGAGGCCGGCUCCUCGCGCUCCGCUAGCAGCCGACUGAGCAGCGGCAGGAGGCAGACCGAGAGCACCAGGUCAACCAAGAUGGAGAGCGUGCAGGAUAGGACCUUAAGGGACCAGUGCAGGAAGCUGGUCUCUUGAGGCGAUGGGAGGAUGGAGCGAGAGGCUGUGACCCGCUGUUUUUCAAGAGAUCAGCAGCAGCUAUUUGAGCAGUGGGUUAGGGUUAGUGUAGGCGACAUGAUUACGGAGAGAUUUGUAUGAUCGAAAGAAGGGAGAGGCUACUGACACACUCUGAAGUACAGUAUAUGGAAUGAAAAUUCCAGUACCUGGUGGUGGCGGAAUUUUCUGUAUUCAUCUGUUUUUUUUACUUCACCUUGCCAAAAGUGUAUAUCUUAAUGAUGUUCAUGUAUAUAAAUGUUUGUUAAGUCACUUUCUAUCGCGGACAGAGGGUGGCAUGUAGGUGAUGGAGCCUAUGGCCCACUGAGCACUUGCUUUUGCAGUAUUAUGAAUGUUACAACGGCAACACAGUGAUUGUAUCUGUGGGAAAAAUUACCACCUAUCGCCAAAGGUCUUGCCAAAGAGGACAAAACUGAAAACUUUGAGAUUGCAACUUUAAGUGUACAUAUAACUAAUUUGUUUUAAAUAAACUUUUUGCACAUUGA